AUGUGUCACAAGGAGCCGUCAGCUGUUGUUCAUUUUGAGACUAUGCCUGCAUAUCAAGGCGAUGACUUGGUGACUGAUAUUCGGGUAUUGCAUCGUGUCUUUUGGAGUUAUUACCCCUGCAUUAGAGCUUUCAAACAUUGUAAGCCAGUUGUCCAGGUGGAUGGGACUCACUUGUACGAAAAGUACAAGGGUUGUCUACUAGUGGCAGUGUCACAGGAUGGCAACAACAAUAUCGUCCCAAUUGCGUUUGCAAUUGUGGAGGGAGAGACUUCAGAUGCGUGGCACUUUUUUCUGAGUAACUUUCGUCAGCAUGUUGUCACUCGGGAUGGUGUUGGACUGAUAUCCGACUGUCACGAAUCCAUAAAUGCAGCUGUAGAAAGGAGUAACGGGGCUUGGUCACCUCCGAGAGCCUUUCAUAUGUUUUGCAUCAGGCAUAUAGAGUCGAAUUUUCUGAGAAAAUUCAAGGCGCCGUACUUGCAGAAACUGGUCGUCAACAUAGGAUAUUCGAGGACGGUGCGGGAGUACAAGGUGCGUUACCAACGGUUACGAGAACGGGGCGAGACCUACACUGACUGGUUAAACCGAAUCCGCAGGGAACAGUACGCGUUGGCUUUUGAUGGUGGAUAUCGAUGGGUUCAUAUGACGACAAAUCUAGUGGAAUGCAUCAAUUCAGUAUUGAAGGGGGCACACAAUCUCCCUGUGAUUGCCCUUGUGAAGGCAAUAUUCUACAGGCUGAACGAGUUGUUUACCCGAAAAAGAGCGGAGGCAGAAACCCGGAUUAAUGCUGGCCAUGUGUUUUCUGAUGUCGUGACCUCGAAGUUGCAUGCAAACCAACUUGCAUCAGGAAACAUUCAGGUUAGUUGCUUUGACUGGCAGAAUGAGGUCUUUGAGGUGCGUGAGAUGCCAAGUGGACUGGAGUUUGCAGUGGACCUACGUGGCCUUCGAUGUGACUGUGGUGAGUUUCAGGUGGACCGGAUCCCCUGUCGACAUGUGUUUGCAUGUUGUGCCAACCAGCGACUGGAUUGGCAAGUGUAUGUUCAUGAUGUGUAUAAGAUGGACCAAGUUCGGCGGGUGUACCGAGCAAGAUUUAGGCCACUAGGUAACCCCACUACAUGGCCUGCUUACAAUGGACCUCGGUUCAUCCCAAAUCCGUUCCUGAGACGCGUCACGAAAGGUCGCCCAAAAAUGACACGCUUCUUGAAUGAGAUGGACACGCGAAUGUUACGUCGGCCUAGGCGAUGUACGCUAUGUGUAGCUGAGGGACACAGCCGUAGCAGAUGCCGUCAGCAAGGUGGUGCAAAUGCCAACAGAGAUCAUUAG